UAGAUAUUUAUAGACUCUUCCUAUCACGGGUAAUGUCGCACGGGUCAUGGGUCUAUUAUUGUGUAUAAGCGUUCAUCACUCAAUCACCUGCGUGGCUGCGCGGGGUGGGGGCGGGGCGCGGGGGGUGCACCUGCGCGGGCGCCGCGCCGCCGCCGCCGCCGCCCAGUCCACGCCGCGACGCGCGCGCUGCCUCUCCGCCGAUCUGCCGCGCGCCUUCAAAAUGCCGCUAUAUUCCGAUCAUUAUUACAGUGGGUCGUCGUCCUACAGUGCUCCUUACAGCUACAGUGCCGCGCCUUCUAUCGGAUUGUCGUACAGUGCGUCGUACCUGAACCCCGGCUCCAACUACAGCAAGCACUCGUCGCUGGGCGGCUACUCGCGCGCGCCGCUCACGCCGCGAUGGAGCCCCUCCAGCCGCAACUACUCGCCCAUGCUCAGCACCAUCUCCGAGCGCAGCAACACGGGGCCCGUGCGCAUCCACAGCCCCCGCCGGCUGCCCCCUUUAAAGAGGUCCUACGCGGUCCAAAAUUACACUCCCAGACCGAUUCACAUAAAUACUGCUGAUAUUGAUGUAUCCAGAGAUAGAUACAGACCGAAGCCCACUUAUGGGGUACCAAUUUCGGAGUCAGCACCUAGAGUGAAACCGGUCGAGGAAGAAGUUGUGGUGGUGGCAGAGAAAGCCCCUGUGGAACCCGUUACUAAUACAGAGGAACCCGUGCCUCCAGAUCCCGUCCAAAUAAUCUCUAAUGAACCGCCUACUGAGACUAUGUGCAUCGAUAAUGGACCCUUUAUGCCACGUGUGGACGAGAAACCUGAAACAGGAAUUGAUUCAUCACCAGGUUUGCAUAGAAAUACAACCAUUAAGCGAGGAAGAACGGUUGUGAGACUGCAUACAAUAAAACGGAAAGAUAGAGAUUCGCCUCGUAAGCCAGUUGAUAAAAGUAAUGACGAUGAGCCAGAACCCUCUCCAGGGUGGAGGGAAAGAUUAGCAGAUGAUCUCGUUUACAAAGACAGCAGAGAAAAGAAAACACUUGGUGCGAAACUAGUAGAAAAAUUCAUCGUAAAAGAUAAAUGUGAAGAAGAUGAUGAUGAGCUUAGAAUACUAAAAGAAUCCAUAAAAAAAGAAAAAGAAACCAUAAGUAGUGACUUAAGUGGUUCUGAAACGGCUGUAUUACCUCACAGUGAUAUAUCCCGAUCGAAAUCUCCCGAUCGAAGAUGCUCAUUAGAACUUUUAGCUCAGCAAGCAAACAUUCUAGAUUGUUUAAUAAGAAGUGAAAAUCUUGACAUACCUACUUUAGACUUGACCAAAGUAGGCGUUGAAGCCGAAUCAAAUUAUGAAAUCAAACCAACACCGUCAAUGAAAAGAAGAAAAUCAAAUGAGAUAAGCAAUCCUUUGCAAACGACUCAGUCUGAUCAUUCAUUGCAUGACCGAAUAAAUUCAUUUAGAAAUUCUAGAGAUAGGCCAGUCUCCAGAAAACAAAGCUUAAAAAAGUCGUCUUCUGGGAGUAGUCUUGGUAGAUUAGAUUCCAUAACUGAAUUUCCUAAAGACCAGACUACCUUGCCGGCGAUAGAAGAAUUUAGACAGUCACUAAAAAACAAUGAAAGUAAUAAGCAUAAAACCAAUAAAAAAAUAACUUCGACGGUAGAAGUAUCGCCACCAACAAAUACAAUUAAAUUUAAAGUUGAUGCCGUUACUAUCGAAGAAAAACCUAAACCUCCUAAGAGAGAAAUAUCAUAUCAGUCUGUGGUUAAUACUACUCCAGGAACAAACGACCUUAAAUCUCAGCCAGACAAAAUGUCUGAAGCCAAAAGUAAAAGGUACAAUAUGAAAAGAAAAACAAAAACAUUACUUAGCGUAGAUAGUGAUGAAACUGACACAGAAAGCAGUAAUUUUUGGGACAAAAUUGGUAAAAGAGAAACUGUUUAUUUAAUAGCUAGAAAACAAAAUAUUCAAGAUGAGAUUGAAAAGGCAAGGCGAGCAUUUUUUUUAUGCCCUGAAGAUGAAAAUCCUGUACCUGAUACUGACAACAUCCAAAACAAUUCGAAAGUAGAAGAAGAAGAUAAUGAUGUUUUUGAACAAGCAUUAAGUUCACAAAAUAAUGAAUCAAUAGACUCUCAGAAUGAGAUGGAUAUAACUGUCAAACAAUCUGUGGAGCAAUUAGUAGUAACGAAAGACCAGCAAUUAUUGGUUAUAGAAGAAGUUAAAACAGAAAUCCAAAGCAACGAUAUUCAAGUUAUUGAUAAUAUUAUUGCUAUAGAGACGGCACCCCUCGAAGUGAUAAAAGAAUCGAUCCAACCAUUAAAUGAUUUAAUUACAAAAAUAGAGACUGCUCCGGAAAGUACUUUAAAUGUUGAAAGUUCCACCAUAAAUAAAAAUGAAUUAAAUAAAAACAAUAUUAAGUCCAGUGAUGAGUCUUUAAAUGAAAUGAGUAAUAUUUUGCCAGUUACUGGUAGUGGUGAGGUGAAUGUUAAUCAGUUUGGAUUAUGCCAAGGGGCUUUACAUAAUAUUGAUCAGGAUAUUAAAGAAAAAACUAUGCCUACUGAUGCAGAAUAUGAAACUAAGUCUGAGUCAAAUGCGGAUAAACCUUAUAUUGAUACAAAAAGUAAAAAUGAAGCAACCAAUAUUCUACCAGCCACUAAUGCUGAGAAAAACGUUAUUUUGACAGAUAAAAAGGAUGGUGAAAUUGAUAAUAAAAUGGAUAAAAAAAUACUGGCACCAGUUAUUACAUCAGAAACUGUACCAUCUGAUACUAUUGGUGGAAAUAUUGGUCUAAUUAGCAGUACCCAAGAAGAUAGUAAUGUAUUAAUAUCAAAGGCAUCAAAGAUAGAGCAAGUAAAGAAUGUACAAGAAACCAAUACACCUAAAUUUAAUAAAUGUGAAAAAAUUGAUUCACAAAAUGAUAUUUGCUCGACUACUGAUACCUCUGAAGUAACCACGCUAACCACAUCUCUUAUACCAAGUCAUUGUGAUAAUGUAGAAAAUAAAGAAUCACCAACACUUGUUGAUAUAAGAGAUAAAGCAACUGUUCCGGAUCUUCCAAAAACUGAUCUCACUAAAAACGAUAAAAUUACUAAAACUGAAGGGAACCCUUCAGUAUCUAAUAAAUGCCUAAGUGAGGAAGAAAAGUUAAAAUCAAGCAAAUUAACGACGCAACUCGACAGUAAAACAACACCACCUAAAAUAAAAAAUGUGAAGACUAAAGUAAAACCAGUAAACAAGGAUAAAUCUAAAUCUCCUAGCGAUUCCGAUAAAAAGAAACCCAUAGUUAAAAAACCUCUGUUGAAUACUAAAGGUGUCAAUAAAAAACUUGCAGACCCAGAUGUUUUAAACAACAUAGAAAAUAAAGAAUCUUUGGAACCAAAGCAAGAAAACCAAGCACCAUGUCCUAUCCACGGUUCUAAACAAGCCGCGGAUCCUAUUGAGCCAGUCUCAAUGAAACAAGACGAAUCCGGUAAAAGUGUUAGCAAAGAGGAAGCAACUGUUAUUCCAAAAGAAGAUAAAUCUCUAGUAGAUAAAUCAAAAAUAGAAAACAUUCCAGAAAUCAAAAUUGAAAAUAAAGAAAUUUUAAACGUUCCGACAAAUAGCUAUAAAAUAAAAUGUGAUGAGGUAGAUAAAUUACCAGAGGAAAUUAGCAAAGUGGUAGAAGUGAUACAACCGGCAAAGCUACCAUCAGUGAAAAAGGCAGUCACUCCAAUUAAAAAACCUGUUAAACAGGAGGCAGCUUUGAGACCUCUUAUUGCUACACCGAGGCCUUUACAAAAGAAAUCGCCGCAAGUUCUGCGACCCGUGAGCUCGUCAGAGAGCUCCUCGGAAGAAGAAUCAUCUGUCGAUGAGUCGGACUCCAGCGGAGGCUCGGCCGAGUUCUUCGAAUGUGAGAACAAUCCUGACGGCAGGACCUCCACGGGCUCCAACGACUCAGGAUUCGACUCCUCCGCACCUACAUCUCCAGCAGGCUUCGUUCAUAUUAAAAAAGACUGCGAUGUAAAUUGCCACCGAAAGUGUGAGAAGCUGACGGCGAACCUGUGUGGAGUGAACCAGCGGCUGCUGGUGGAGGCCUUGGCGGCGCGCCCCGCGUCCCGGCGAGGUGGAGAUGCAGCGAGUACCUCCACUGCCGCCGCCUCCAACUCAGAAAAUACGGCUGAUGCUCAGGAAAAGGCACUUGACUCGUCGACGGCAUACGGCAUCUUCAAGAAGACGGGCCGGUUCACGCCACCCGCGCGCUCCAUCCCGCGCUUCCGCAAGUACAACAUGGACGACUUCCACUUCAUCAAGGUGCUGGGGAAAGGCAGCUUCGGAAAGGUGCUACUGGCCGAGCUCCGAGAAACCGAGUACUACUACGCGGUGAAGUGCCUGAAGAAGGACGUGGUGCUGGAGGACGACGACGUGGAGUGCACGCUCAUCGAGAGGAAGGUGCUGGCGCUCGGCACCAACCACCCCUACCUGUGCCACCUGUUCGCCACCUUCCAGACCGACUCGCAUCUGUUCUUCGUGAUGGAGUACCUGAACGGUGGCGACCUGAUGUUCCACAUUCAGCAGAGCGGCCGCUUCCCGGAGGAGAGGGCGCGGUUCUACGCCGCUGAAAUCGUUUCUGGACUGAAAUUCCUUCACAAACGGGGCAUUGUUUACAGAGAUUUAAAGCUGGACAAUAUUCUGCUGGACUACGAGGGCCACGUGCGCAUUGCAGACUUCGGCAUGUGCAAGCUGCAGAUCUUCCUCGACAAGACCGCAGACACCUUCUGCGGGACACCCGAUUAUAUGGCACCAGAGAUUAUCAAAGGACUCAAGUACAGCCAGACGGUGGACUGGUGGUCUUUCGGAGUCCUUCUGUACGAGAUGCUGAUUGGCCAGAGUCCUUUCAGCGGCUGUGACGAGGACGAGCUGUUCUGGUCCAUCUGCAAUGAGAUGCCGUCCUACCCGCGCUUCCUAUCGCAGAAUGCCCUCACCAUAUUGACAAGGUUGUUGGACAAAGACGCGCGGACGCGGCUGGGCGGCAUGGACUGCAUGCAUGGAGACGUCAGAGACCAGGAGUUCUUCCACACCGUGCACUGGGAGCGGCUCGAGAGCCGGCAACUUGAAGCGCCGUUCAAGCCUAAAGUUCGGCAUCCGCUGGACACACAAUACUUCGACCGCGCGUUCACGGGCGAACGGCCGCGGCUCACGGCGUGCGAGCCGCAGGUGCUGCGCUCCAUGGACCAAACCCCCUUCCGAGGGUUCUCCUACACGAAUCCCAAUGCUACUGAUCGCUAAACAAG